UUGGACAGGCUCAGGGGCUGCCCCCGGGGAGCGCGGGGCUGGGCGCGGGGGCGAGCGGGCAACGGACAAACGGACACGGGGACAAACGGCCCCGGAGCUUCAGUUGCAGCGGCAGCAGCGGCAGCAGCGGCAGCAGCAGCAGACAGAGCAGCGAAAGCAGCAACUUUGUGGAGUCCCUCUUGCUCCUCCUCUCCCUCUCCCGCUGUCCCGCAGCCUCUCCCGCUCUCCCGUUCCCGCUGUCCCCUCCUCUCUCGGUCUCUCUCUCCCCAUGCCCGGCCGGGCCAUGCCCCCGGCCCGCCCCCGGCCCCGGGCGGGGCUGUCCCGUCCCCGGCCCCGGCCGUCCCGCCGCCGUCUCGCCCCCGCCCGGCUCUGGCCGUGCUGGCGCUGGCGCUGCUGGGCGGGCAUCAGUGCCUGGGGCUGGGGCGGCAUCGCCUCCCUUUGGCUCCGCCUGGCCCGAGCCCGGCCCCGGCCCCGGCCCCGGCCCCGGCCCCGGCCCCGGCGCCGGCUCCUCCCGGGCCCCGCGGAGGACACAGGCGGCGCGGCCGCUGCCGUCGCCUCCGCUGCGGCUUCCCCGGCCCGAGCUCCGCCGCUCGGCAGCGCGGCCGCCGGCCCCGAGCCGCCGCUGUCCCGUUGCCAGGAGCGAACGCCUGGGGAUGGCCGGCCCGGGGCGCUUGAGGGGCGCUCGGGGGCCGCUCCUGGCCCCGGGCCGAGCGCUGACAGCCGCGUCCCGCCGGCAGGGAAGGCGCAGCAGGGCCUGAAGGAGCAGUACCGGCUGGGUUCGCUGCUGGGCCGCGGCGGCUUCGGCAGCGUCUUCGCGGCCACGCGGCUCUCGGACGGCGCCCCGGUGGCCAUCAAAAGGGUGCCACGGAACCGCGUCCUGCACUGGGGCGAGCUGCCCGACGGCACCAGCGCACCCCUGGAGGUGGUGCUGCUGGCCAAGGUGUCCACUGGCUUCCCCGGUGUUGUCCAGCUGCUGGAGUGGCUUGAGCUCCCCAACGACAUCGUGAUGGUGCUGGAGCGCCCAAAGCGGUCUCAGGACCUGCACCAUUUCAUUCGGGCACGGGGGUUCCUGUCCGAGGAGGUGGCGCGGGAGCUGUUCCGCCAGGUGCUGGAGGCCGUGCGGCACUGCACCAGCUGCGGGGUCCUCCACAGGGACAUCAAACCAGGGAACAUCCUGGUUGACCUGGCCACCGGGGAGGCUAAAUUGAUCGACUUUGGCUGUGGCACCUACCUGCAAGACACAGCCUACACUCACUUUGCAGGAACACGGUCAUACAGCCCCCCGGAAUGGAUGCAUUUUGGCUGGUACUACGGCAAGCCAGCUACUGUCUGGUCCCUGGGCAUCGUGCUGCACCAGAUGGUCUGCGGGGAGCACCCUUUCAGGGGCUGCCAGAACAUCAGCUGGGACCAUCAGCUCUCGCUGCCACAACGGCUCUCUCCAGAGUGCCAAGAUCUGAUCAGGAGGUGUUUAUCCAUGCUGGACAUGGAAAGGCCCUCGUUAGAAGAGCUGUUGUGUGAUCCCUGGAUGCAGGACGUUCAUCUGCCCUAGAAGAAGGGAGAGAGCCACAGACACACUUUGAUGCAAGGCCCUGGUAAGUUACAGCCCCACACACGCCUUGGCAAUCAGAAGCACAGGAACCCAGACUUUUUUGUGCUGCCUGUGUCACUGCCCAGGGCUCAUCAGAUGGGAACACGCAGCCCUUAUGCUGGAGCUGAGCUGCUCUGCCCAGCACUGGUGGCCGCCAUCUGAGCUGGUUUUGCUUGUCCUUGGUUCCCUGACAGCUGGGGCCCUGGGCAGAACCCUGACAGCCUGGUCUCAGCCCCAGGGAAGGAGAAGGAGCCCCUGGAGAAGCUGUAGCAGGUGGGGCUGCUGCUGCUGGAGACAGCGAGGAAGACAUCAAGGAUGACAACCUCUUGCUCCACCUGGUCACCGGCAGGCUGAAGAUGACGUCACUUUGAUUCUGGCACCUUCUCCAAAGCCAGGCUCCACAGGGAAUUUGCAGAUGAGUCCACACGCAGGGGAUGCUCCCAGAUUUGGG